AAAGAACAAACUCGUAUUAUCCUAGACGCCUGUAAAAGCCGUGCGCUCAAACGCCGUCGGGUGCAUACCCACGCAAACUAUACUGCAGCUCUGCUAAAUUUCCAUUCAUCUUCCAAAGCCCAGAAGGCAAAUACCGUCAAAAUUCCCAGAUAUAGGUAUAUAUAGAUACAUACAAUGGGGGUAGGAGGAAGGCAUGUGUCGAUAUCACUGGACGGUUUGAGGGACAAGAAUUUGAUGCAGUUGAAAAAGCUUAACACUGCCCUUUUCCCUGUCCGGUACAAUGAUAAGUACUAUGCCGAUGCUCUCGCUUCCGGUGACUUUACCAAAUUAGCAUAUUACAGUGACAUUUGUGUUGGAUCGAUUGCGUGCCGUCUUGAGAAGAAGGAAGGUGGUGGUAUUUGUGUAUACAUAAUGACAUUAGGCGUCUUGGCACCUUAUCGUGGGAUAGGUAUUGGUAAGUAAUCAGCUAG